CCAUCACUCCAAUCUCCCCCUCUCACUUCAACUUAUUUUCCACAAUAUCUUAGUCCAAAUUGUGUCAAAAAAAUAUUAAUAUCAAUUUAUGGGAGAUUUGACACAAAAAAAUGUUGUGGAGAAUGAAAAUAAUGGAAGUAAUAUUGGUGAAAUAAUAUUGAGGUUGUUACCUAUGGGAUUAUGUGUAGUGGCACUUGUCAUUAUGCUUAAGAAUUCUCAAACCAAUGACUAUGGUUCACUUUCUUACUCUGACCUUGGAACUUUUAGGUACUUAGUACAUGCAAAUGGAAUUUGUGCAGCUUAUUCCCUUUUAUCAGCUAUAGUUGCAGCUCUUCCUCGUCCAACAACAUUGCCUAGGGCGUGGACAAUCUUCCUCCUCGAUCAGAUAUUGACAUAUACUAUAUUGGCUGCUGGUGCUGCAUCAACAGAAGUGAUAUAUUUGGCAUAUAAAGGGGAUACUAAUGUUACAUGGAGUGAAACUUGUGGUUCAUUUGGUGGUUUUUGCAAAAAGGCAACUGCAUCUGUGUCCAUUACAUUCAUUGUUAGUCUUUGUUAUGUUGGUAUUUCUUUGCUUUCAUCUUACAGACUUUUUAGCAAAUAUGAAGCACCAACUGGACAAUACAAUAACAAAGAAGGUAUAGAGAUAGCUAAUUAUUGAGAACAAAUGGUAUGUAGUCCAAAAUGUUUCCAACAUUUGAUGUUGUGUAAUAAAAUAUUACUUCCUCCGUUUUUUCUC